AUGCCACCUGCACCAAGUUCAACUUCAGUGGGCUCAGGGAGUCGUUCCCCUAGUAAAGCAUCGGCAGCUCCCAGAUCUGCUUCUGGUGGAACCGUAAGGCAACGCAAGUCCACAACAACUACAACAGCAGCUAGAAAUCGCAGCACUGGUGCCGGCUCGGUGGGAAUGUGGCGUUUCUAUACUGAUGAUUCUCCAGGUGUCAAAGUAGGUCCAGUCCCUGUGUUGGUUAUGUCUCUGCUGUUCAUUGCAUCAGUUUUUAUGCUUCAUAUCUGGGGAAAAUACACUAGAGCA